AUGACUAGUGCCUCCGCCGUCGCCGCCGCCGUCGCUGCUGGUGGUGGGGCGGGCGGGGGUGCGGCGGACAUCGUGGCGGCGGCGGCGGCAUUCGUGACGGCAGUGGAACCGGCGGCGGCGCAGGCAGCCGCGGCGCCUCAGAUGCCGCUGCCAGCCUCGCUCCGCGAGCGACGGACGUGGAGCGCGACCGGCAACCGAUCUUGCGCGCCCGGGGCAGGGGCAGGAGGGGGCGCUGUGGCGGCGGCGGUGGCGGGGUCUGGGGCGGAAAGCCCCGCAUCGGGGUCGGAUGCGGGUUUGGAGUCAGCGAGGACUCUCCGGAGGACGCGACCGCACUACGCGGCGCACUUGUCGCUGCCCAGCACUCCGGCGCGAGGCGAUUCCGAUAAUGACGACGAGAGUUCCUGCGACGACUAUGGUCGCCGUGACUUCCGCCGUGCCUCAGUAGUCGGCUACGCGGGCACGUCGAGAGCGGCGUGCGCGCGGAACAACACUGGUGGCGCAAGCAAGCUUGCGCCAAGGGGCGCCCGAAUCGGCGCGGACGCGGACUUGGAGAUGCAGCUGCAGCAGCACCGCGGGCGGUGGUCUAUGGACCGCGCGGAAAGCGAGCAUGCGCAGAGCCUGCGCGAGGGGCUGAAGCAGCGGCUCCGCCAAGGGGGACGAGGUGGCGCGGUUGCGGGGGCGGCGGUAGGUACUGGUCGGGGGCGAGGUGGCGCGGGCCCACUCGCGGGUACCACUUCUGCCGUGGCGGAGAUUAGCGCGGACUCCGCGGACGGAAAGGCCGCCGAGAUGCGCAGCGCGGAUUCGGGCAGCGACGGGAACGGCGCAACGGGCGCAACGGGCGCAAACAGCGCGAACGACGAAAGCAGCUAUCCGUCGAGUCUCGCCUCAUGGCCGAACGAGUCGCCAUCCGCGGUUACUUCCCCCACGACUUCCGCCGCUUCCGAGACGGGAUCCGCCGCGUCGUGGGCUUGGGGAAGCGCGCUUCCCCCUGCGCACCACCCGGUUCGGCCCACGUCCCUCGCGCUGGUCGCGUCAAGAGGACGCGGGAGCUUCCGGGAGAGAAUCGGCGCAAGGAGAGGGCCAGAGAGAAGCGCGGGGAGAGGCGCGGGCCUGGUUGGCGGCGGCAGCCGGUGCAUCAGCUUCCCCCCAGGCAGUUCAAUGGGUGGUCGAAGUCGUUCCGAAACCACCACUACUCCUCGUAGUACUGCAGCCGUCGGCGGCAGCGGCGGCGGCGGCGGCGGAGUCUGCCAAAAGAGCCUACUGGCGGCGCGUACUGUUGCGCAGGCAUCCGCCAGGCCUACUGCUGCGCGCGCUGGCGACGCGUCAGGGCGUUGCAGUCGACGAGCCCGCCUCGCGAUCACCACUCGCACUACAUUUAGUGCUACAGCUACUAAAGCUAUUAGCUGUAGCGCGAGCAGUGGUACUGGUGCUGAAAUAACGAAUGGUUGUGCGACCGCCGGUGGCGGGAAGGAGAGUAGCGGAGGGGAUUUUGGCGGGAGCCUUUCACGCGAUAGCAGCAGCAGCGGGAGGGAGGGAGGUGCUGGUAGCGGUAGCAGAGGCAAAUCGGCAGCGGGCGGGAGGGACGCGGACAAGGCGCGGCCUCAGUGGGGCGCGCGAGCCCCUGGCGCAGCGCUGAAAGCGAAUGUGGUUCUGAAGGGGGUUGAGAGGCGGGGAGGAGUGGAGUGCGGUGCUGACGUGCGCGUAGACGGUGUGGUGAGCGCAGGUGCGGGAAAGGGGGGAGGGAAUUGUGAGGGCCACGUGGAACGCGUUGCUGACACGGGUGCUGGGGAGGAUGAGGGUGGCGUGGUGCGUGGGGCUGGCGGGGCGAGCGCGGCUGGUGGGAUUGCCGGGGCUGAUGCCAGGCCUGACGCGGAGGCUGAUGCCAAGCCUGACGCUGAGGCUAAUGCCAGGCCUGACGCCGAGGCUGAUGUCAGUGCUGAUGCUGAGGCUGAUGCUGGGGCUGCUGGGGGGGCUGAGCCUUUUGUGGUGCUCCUCUGUCGUCUCUCAUCGGUCGUCGCUCGUCUUAGCGCGCGGCUCUUGCAGAACGCUCAAACGCUACUCGCUCCUUCGGCCGCCAUGGCUCCACACAAUCGCCAUGCGUCCCCACACCAACGCUUGCCCUCCGCUCUCCGCCUAGUCCUCACGCUGACGCUGCUCCUUGUAGCCUCCCCCCUCGCGCCCGCCGAGACCGACAUGUCCGCCGCUACCUACAACGUGCCGUACUCGCAAUGCCAGCGCAACCCCGCGCUGCGCAAAUCGAAAGUCGGAGCGGGGGUGGAUUCUGUGUUGGCGCUGUGUCUCAAGUCCACCACGUCGCUCGAGACCAACUUCGAGAAUGCCAACAAGCUCUUCAUCGGCAACAUGUCCAACGUCGCAUCCUUCGGCGCGUUCUGCGUGGAGAUCAAGGAAACCCUCCUAGUGAGCGACGACGGGCUGAGCAUCUACCCGGCGCCGCUGCCGUCCUUCUUCAUCCGCCAGGGCUGGACGCUGCCCCUCUGGGGCCCCGCGCCCGACCCCGCGCUCGUGAACGAGACGGUGCAGAUGACGCUCACCAACAACGGCGUCACCGACCUCAGCGUCACCGGGCUUGACUUCACGCAGUUCGGCCUGCCCGCGGAUUUCUCUGUUGGACCCGGCCUCUCUGCGAACCUGACUUUCAACCGCACGCAGGUGAGCCUGGACUUUGAAACGCUCCCGCUCCUGCAGACGUACCUGUCGGGAACAAACCCGCCAGACCUGCAGGCAGACGAGGUGAUCUCCGUGGUCAUCGUCAAGCUCUACCCAGACGACCCCGACGGUCUCCUCGGCCGCGCCGCGUACGUGUUCCUCAAGCCCACCAACGACCAGAUCAACCCGUACGAGUUCUACCUGUUUGAGGCCAACUACUACCUGCCGCCGCCCACCUCGUCCGGGCGGCGGCGGCUGCUCGCGGCGAUCCCCAAGACCACGUCGCCGCCGUCGGGGAGCCAGAAGGGGUGCUGCGCGAAAGCCAAGAUCCCGCCCACCUCGUCCGUUGAUGCUGUCAGUUGUGCUUUCCCACUGAUUGUCUGGAUGGAGGAAACAACGGCCGCCGCAGAAACAGCUCCCGCCGCUUCCGAUCAACCCACAGAGGCGGCGCCUCCGUUAGGAGCGCCGCAGCGCGCGGGGCAACGGACGAUUCUCAUGGCGCUGGACUGCUCCGACAGCAGCUGGGCCGCGCUGCGGUGGGCCCUCGAGAACGUCGUGCGGCCGCCCCACGACCGCCUCGUGCUCAUGUCCGCCGUGGCGCCCGUGGUUUCGUACACCGGCAUGACCGGCCGGCCAGGCAUGCAUCUGAGCGACUCGUUCGUGAAGGACGAGAGUCACCGCCGCCGGUCGUCCGCGCUGGCCCUGCUCAACCGAGCUCGCGCCGCCUGUGCUGAACACCAGGUGGCAGCGGAGGUUCGGGUGCACACGGGGGAUGCGCGCACAGCCGUGGUGGAGCUGGCCUCUGAAGUCACCGCUGACCUCGUCAUCGUCGGCAGCCGCGGCCACGGCCCCCUGCAGAGGCUGCUGCUGGGGAGUGUGUCAGAGUACUGUGUGCACCACUGCACCAUGCCCGUCCUAGUCUACCGCCCUGCCACUGCUGCUGCCAAGAUGGCUGCGGCGGCUUCUACGGCUGCAGGACGGGAGCUGAACCGACGCGAGCUAGAGGAGCUGGCGAACGGCGUGGGGGAUGGCGGGGGCAGCGGGGACGAGCAGGGCAGCAUGGCCAUGCGGGACAGUGACGAGGAGGAGGAGGAUGAGGAUGGGGAUGGGGAUGGGGGGUAUUACGGGGAGAGGAGGGCGGGGAGGGAGGAGAGGGAUGGUGGGUACGGGGGCAGGCGAGGCGAGGGACGGUGGUGGAGCCUGGCAGCAGCGAGGGCGGCAGCAGCAGCAGCCAAGGGCGGGGAGGCCGCAGGCGUGGCAGGGUUCGUGUCUCUGCUCCGCAGCAGCGGGGGGUGCCGCAGCGUAGACGAAUUCGAGCGCCUCAACCGCAUCGACGAGGGCACCUACGGCGUGGUGUACCGCGCGCGUGACAAGAAAACCGGGCGGGUAGUGGCCCUGAAGAAAGUGAAAAUGGAGCGCGAGAAGGAGGGUUUCCCGCUGACGUCGCUCCGGGAGAUCAACAUCCUGCUGUCGCUGCAGCACGAGGCGGUGGUGGGCGUGCGCGAGGUGGUGGUGGGGAGCAGUGUGGAUAGUAUCUUCAUGGUGAUGGAGUAUAUGGACCAUGAUGUGAAGAGCCUCAUGGAGAGCAUGAAGCAGGCGUUCAGUCCGAGUGAAGUGAAGUGCCUCAUGCUGCAGCUGCUCAGUGGGGUGGCCUACAUGCACGACAACUGGGUGCUCCACAGGGAUCUGAAGACGUCCAAUCUGCUGCUGAACAACCGCGGCGAGCUCAAGAUCUGUGACUUUGGCCUGGCCCGCCAGUACGGGUCGCCGCUGCGUGCCUACACGCACAUGGUCGUCACACUCUGGUACAGAGCGCCGGAGCUGCUGCUGGGAGUGCGCAAGUACUCAACAGCGGUGGACAUGUGGUCCGUGGGAUGCAUCAUGGCUGAACUGCUCUGCAAGGAGCCUCUGCUGCCCGGCAAGUCCGAGCUCGACCAGAUCGACAAGAUAUUCAAGCUGCUUGGCACGCCGACGGAGAAGAUGUGGCCCGAGUUCGCUCACCUGCCCAGUGUGAAGCGAGUCAGCUUCGUCCGCCAGCCGUACAACCGGUUGAGGGAGCGCUUUCCAGCGGUGGCGUUUGGCGGCAAGCCUGCUCUCUCCGAUGCUGGCUUUGACCUGCUCAACCGCAUGCUCACAUACGACCCCGCCAAGCGCAUCACAGCAGCGGAGGCACUGCAGCAUGAGUGGUUCAGAGAGGUGCCUCUCCCCAAGGCGCAAGAGCUCAUGCCCACGUUUCCAGGGCGGAAUGAGCAGGACAGGCGGUUGAGAAGGCUGCAGCGCAGCCCAGACCCCCUCAAACUGAGGGGUGCUCAGAAUGAUGCAGCCAUGGGAAUGGUGUUUCCUAGUAAUGCGGGAGUGCUGGGGCACAGCGCUUAUUAA